CUGUCGCACUCCAUCAUUUCGACCAUCGAGACGUUUGGAACUCAGACAUACAUCCUCACUCUCUUCGUCGUAUUAUUGAACACGAUGCUUAAGUUCGUCAGUCUUGGCCUGUGGGCUCUUCAGGGCAUAAUGGCAAUCGUCGUCCUUGCAUUAUCGGUCGAGCUGAUGAAGGUUCGGUCCAAGAAUGAUAGGCCCCAAGACUGGAAUCAAUAUUCCGACCCUCCUACGACCACCAAAUACAGCGUAUUCACUGGUGGAUUUGGGCUGGCUGUCGCCCUCCUGGGUGCGAUUGCAACCUUCUUCGAUUUUAUCCCGGCUCUCAUCGUCGUGGCUGCCGAUGCCGUCAGUGGAUUGUUGCUCCUCGCCGGUGGUAUUGCCAUCGCUAUCGGCAUCCAAGGGGUUACCUGCGAUCCCACCACAGCUGAUGGGUCGCAGAAGAUACUGGAUAACGCCAUCAUCAAUCGAGGAAGGUACAGAGUGAACGAUCAAUGGACCUCGUAUUCAAGUGAAGAUCAACUUCUCGACAACUGCAAGAGAGCCACUGCCGAUCAGGCAAUGCAGUUUGUGACAUUUGGAUUUGCGUUGGCCACGAUGGGCCUCGUUUACCUAAUCUGGAAGAAGGGCCAUGCUGGAGGAGGCAGGGCCUCACUUACUUAUGUCAGUUUCUACGGAAAUAACGGCGUCUUGCCUUUCGGCGAGAACGCGACUCAAGUCCACAUUGGUCGCUGGUUGACCGACACCCCAGUGCACUUGGAUGCUCUCGAGAUCAUUGCGGAGAAGGCUCGCCGGUUCUGGUGGGGACAGCAGAUCGAUCUUGCGACGGUGUCAUGGAGCUUGUUGUUGGCUGUCGAAGGAGGAAGAAGGCACAUCCCUUCUCUCUGGGCUUACCUUGCGUUAGCCCAUCUCGUGAACUUAUCCUUCGCGCAGAAUCUCUUUUACCUGGCGCUUCUUCUUACGCCGACCCCAGCCGGGGCUGAAUCUGGAAUGCAGCCAACGACGACAUUCGGACGCCUUCGCAACAAAGUCUUCCCCCCGAAACCUAUCAACUGGUUCCCACAUCCGGCGCUAUUCCUCGCGUCUUUCUGUCUGAAAUAUGUCCUGGUUUACUGGGCUCCAUCAACUGCGGGGACGUCAACGUUUGCCAACAUCGCAUUCUCCAGUCGGAUGCUCACAUUUGCUCCCCUCAUGAUCCCCGCCGUUGUCCCGAUCAGUUGGGGAACAGUAUACUCCAACCACCACGGCGCGUAUGGGAUUGUCGUCGAGCUAUUCCGAUUCUUAUCUACGGCGAGCUUCGCCUUCCAUGUCAAAGGGACAGCUCUUGGCCUGUUGUACAACGCGCCGGACGCUCAUUAUCACCGUCAUAGCCGAUUCCUCCCUUUUGACAGAGAGGAGCGGUCGACGUGGGAGCGAACGACAACGGCUCUCGGCAAGGUGUUGGGAUCGGCAUCCGACCAUCCCGUCGUAGCAGGCGUGGCAUGGGACGUUUUGCUCAGCGGUGCCAGCCAAGGACUGUGGGCUGCCACACGUGCGCUCGACGUGAACGAUGUUCUAGCCUCCUCGACUCCGUUCGCCCUGAAGAAAGCCCCGAAGGCGCAGCCACCGACCAGACUGCUGGAAAGUAACGACAAAUCAACUCCGGAAUCGGAAACGGACGACAACGACGGCGCCCUCCACACGCGACACAAGGGCCGUUCAGCAAAUGCGAAGUCCGACGAGAUGACAAUUUCGGAAACCCCUAUGGCUAAAGGGAACCGCCGAACCCGUGCACAGAAAGCUGCGGCAACCCCCGACGAUGCGCCGGAGGCUACUUACGAGCCGAGCCCUGCGGAAAGCCGCUCUGCGGUCGAAGGGGACGAGCUGCCAGACGAUGAUUUGGAUUGGGAAUCUGCGGCUUUGGCUUGGGGCUUAACGGCACUCGGCGGCCUUGGAUCUAGCAGCGCCGGUGUUUUUGGUGCAGAGUGCAUAUCUCGAUGA